GCGCGCGCUGGACUCCAAAUGCUCUCGCCUCGACUAGUGAAAGUCUGUGCUGGAGGCAGCUUCAGUGUAGCACUUUCGGCCGACGGACAGGUGUUUACGUGGGGUCUCUCCGCGUCAGGCCGACUCGGAUUCCGAACGCGCUUCAGAGCACAGCUACGGCCGCGUCGACUCGAGAGUGUCAGUUUGCUGCUGAAGCAAGGCGGUGGCGGUGCCCUUGACGUGAGCCAGGGCCAAUACGCGCGCAUCGUCGAUAUCGCUGCGGGCGGCGCUUUCGGCUUGCUACUGAGCAGUCAGGACAGCACAGGUCCGGGCGCUCGAAUCUACGCGUUUGGCGAGAAUUCGAAGGGACAGUUGGGCGUGGGCCAUUUGAUGGACUGUUACGAGCCGACGCUCGCUUUUGCGUCGCCGACGAAAAAUUUGCUAUUGUCGCAAAUUUGCGCAGGAGACGCCCACGCUUUGGCCCUAGACGUGUCUGGCAACGUCUAUUCUUGGGGAGGAUUGGGUGGCGCGGCUACUGGACAUGGCUACCCGAAUCCGAACGCUCUUGUUGGCGGUGUGCCGGCAGCCUACAGCCGUCGAAAACUGGACAUGAAGCAGUACGCGAACUAUCUCGCAAAAAUCGAGAAGGAAAAUGCAGACAAGAAACCAGUACAAAGUUAUCUUGACUACAUUAUGAUAUACAGACGAGAAUGACAGGGCUUACUGACGAUACAUAAGGGUCUAGUUAAGACUAAAAGGUUGAUAAGUUUCUCAAGACGCAACUUCGAUGAUGUAAGCUAAUGUCGUCCCUUUUUAGGUAACCCCGCAGAGCGGGAACGGCCUCUUUGCCGAUGCAGUUGCGGAAUUACGCACGGACGAGAAGUUUGGAAAUCUCGACGGGAUUGAUAAUUUCGGUCAAAUGGUGUCGCUAUCAGUGCAGUUUCGGUUGCGAUCCGUGCCUUUCUGGUGGACACGGCCACGUGGCAUUCUGCAGUUGAAAAGUGUGCAGCAUAUUGAAGCGGGAUUUGCGCACUCCCUUGCAGUCACUUCGGACGGGCUCUUGUACCAUUGGGGCACGACGCAGGUAGCGCGUGAAGAGGAGUUCUCUUUCACGAAGCUGUUGCGAAGAAAGCUUCAGAAAGACGGAAAACUCUACGGCUAUGAGUGGCUGGAGCAGCAAUUUCAGGAAAUUAGCGACACAGAUAAAGUUGUCUUCUCGAACGACGGGAUCAAGCUGGUUGGGAAAGGCGCGGCUUCGUCCACAACGGCCAGUGGGUCAUCGCAAUUCAUGCGCAGCUCCUCGUCUUCCUCAGGGAGCUCAGGAACCGGAAACGCCAGUGACGGCUCAGCAGAC